ACGCGACUUACGCUGCAGAUGCUAACAGCAGGAAGAAGAAAUGUUUGGGCCUGUGCAAGAAGCUGUGGCAAUGGACCAUUGCUGUGUUCGUCGUGGCCAAUGCUAUACUGCUGCCAUAUUUUGCAGUUAAAACCACGAUGUUAGCUGAAGAGGUUGCCAAACUGAACAGGAAGACUGAGUCGCGACUUUCUGAGCUGAAUCUUAAAACCACGAAGUUAGCUGAAGAGGUUGCCAAACUGAACAGGAAGACUGAAUUGCGACUUUCUGAGCUGAAUCGUUUUCCUGGACCACCUGGAGAAAGGGGAGCCAUGGAAGCGCCCGGACUUGCGGGGAAAAUGGGACCAGUAGGGCCGACUGGACCUGGGUCUGUGGGGCCCGCUGGCCCCACAGGAGAAAAGGGGCCCAUGGGGCCUGCCGGCCCUGCGGCGUACCUAGACCAACCACCGAGCUCUCACUGCCGCUGA